CCUUUUGUUUUCUUUUAAAAAAUCUUAGUAUUAGAUUUGACUUAUUAUUAUUUUUUGACCUUAUUUGUUUUUUUGUGUUCAUGCAAGUUUUAUGAGAAAAGAAACCUGUUUUUAGACAAUUGGGAUAGAAGGGAAUUGAGGAUUAGGUUUCUUUUUGUUAGGGAAAUAGAGUUUUUCUUUCUGGGUUUUGAAUUUUGGUUAGGUUAGUUUAAAAAAUUGCUGGUAUUGCAGGGUAAAGAUUCUAACUUCUCGAGUCAAAAUUCUUUCUUUGUUUGAACAGUCAAUGGAACAGUUCAAAUCUCCCGCAGAAUCUCAUCUCAAAGAGAAUCAUUCUAUUAAGCAAUCCCCAAGAAGUGACAAGUCCUCUGAGGGCCCAGGAAGUCAUCAAAAUCAAAAGUGUUAUCAGAAGCGUAAUCAAAUUCAAAUGUACAGUUUGUCUUCAAUGGUAAAAGCCAGAUGGGAUCCAAAUGAAGCUUGUAGGCCUAUCAUUGAGGAUGCUCCAGUGUUUUAUCCAACUGUUGAGGAAUUUGAGAAUACACUUGAUUAUAUAUCAAAGAUACGUGCAAAAGCAGAGCCAUAUGGUAUAUGUCGGAUUGUCCCGCCACCUUCAUGGAGUCCACCAUGCCGCCUCAAAGAGAAAGAUACAUGGAAACAUAAUAAGUUUUCUACACGAAUUCAGUUUGUUGAAUUGCUUCAAAAUAGAGAGCCAAUGAGAAAGAAAUCUAAAAGUCGGAAACGGAAAAGAAGGAGACAGUUAAGGAUGGGAAUCACAAGAAGAACCAACAGGAGACGUACCAAUUCUUGUUCAGAAAGUAAUGUUGCUUCUGAGACUGAUGAGACAUUUGGAUUCCUUUCUGGUUCUGAUUUCACUCUUGAAGAAUUUGAGAAAGAAGCCACUUAUUUCAAAGAGUGCUACUUUGGAGUGAAGGAUCUCAUGGAUGGUGUGACUGUGAACCAGAAAUUGGAGCCUUCUGUCGAGGAUAUUGAAGGUGAAUACUGGCGGAUUGUUGAGAAACCAACAGACGAGGUUAAGGUACUCUAUGGAGCUGAUUUGGAAACGGUAACAUUUGGAAGUGGGUUUCCUAAGGCUUCAGCCUUGAUGACCAAAGGUGAUUCAGAUCAGUAUGUGGUAUCCGGUUGGAAUCUAAACAACUUACCACGCCUGCCAGGUUCUGUGCUGUGUUUUGAAGGAUGUGAUAUCUCAGGAGUUUUAGUUCCAUGGCUGUAUGUUGGAAUGUGUUUCUCAUCAUUUUGUUGGCAUGUUGAGGACCACCACUUGUAUUCGCUAAACUAUUUACAUUGGGGUGAUCAAAAGAUAUGGUAUGGUGUACCUGAAAGCUAUGCUUCCAAUUUGGAAGAUGCAAUGAGAAAGCAUUUACCUGAUUUGUUUGAAGAACAACCUGAUCUACUUCAUUGUCUGGUAACUCAACUAUCUCCUACAGUUUUAAAAGCUGAGGGUGUACCAGUAUAUCGGGUGGUCCAACACUCUGGGGAGUUUGUUCUUACCUUUCCUAGAGCAUACCACUCUGGCUUUAAUUGUGGCUUCAACUGUGCGGAGGCAGUCAAUGUAGCCCCUGUUGAUUGGUUGGCACAUGGACAGCAUGCAGUUGAGCUUUACAGUGAGCAACGGCGCAAAACAUCUAUAUCCCAUGACAAGCUACUGAUGGGAGCAGCUCAGGAAGCAAUCUGUGCCCUUAAGGAACUGUUACUUCUUGGAAAGGAAACUCCUGAAAAUUUAAGGUGGAGGAGUGUCUGUGGGAAGGAUGGAGUGCUUACCAUGGCAGUUAAGACAAGGGUGAAGAUGGAGCAGGAAAGAAUAAAGUGUCUUCCAGCUAAUUUAAGACUACAAAAGAUGGAAAAGGACUUUGAUUUGCAAAAUGAAAGAGAAUGUUUCUCGUGCUUCUAUGACUUGCAUUUAUCUGCGGUGAGCUGUAAGUGCUCCCCUAAACGAUUUGCUUGCCUUAAACAUGCAAGCCAAUUUUGUUCCUGUGAAAUAGAACAUAGAUAUGUCCUCCUUCGCUACACUUCGGAUGAAUUGAACACUCUGGUUGAUGGAUUGGAGGGAGAAUCAUAUGCUCUGAAAGAAUGGGCAUCUGGAGAACACAGAUUGGUUUCUGUUGGUGAUAAUGACACUCAUGUGCCUGAGCUUGAACUUGAAGGUGAGGAAUUGCAAACCUGCUAUUCUAAGAGACAGGAAAGUCCACCUUGGUCUUCAAAAGCAGAAGAAAACUUAAGCACCAAAGGCUCUUGCAGUUUCAAUAGCAAUAGUUAUUCAGAAGUAAUCCAGUCAGGGAGUCAUCACAACAACUUUAACAAAGAAUCUUCGGUAAUGAAAACUGAAGUUAAGAUGAAGAAUGAGGGAUGCAUUGAUUUGAACAUUGAUGUUAUGUCUAGUGACCGGGAAAGUAAGCUUCUGCUUGUAUCUGAUAGCUGUGGUAAAAAUGUGAAGGAGACGCAUGGUUCACCAUGCAUGCAAGACACACAUUUCAGUUCAGAUGCAGCAAAAGAACAAGGCAGGGAACAAGCUGCUGGAGACUGUAAAUCUGAGUUGCAUGAAUUGUCAAACAAGAACCAGCCUUCAUAUCCAAUGUUCGGUGCAUCUUGUAAGAAGCUGUUUGGGGUUGAUAUUUCAUUUCCACCUGCACAUUCAGUGAUGUCAGCAAAGAGCUUCAAAACUGAAAUGGUUGAGGGAUCAAAUGUAAGAUCUGUAACAAACCAAAGCAACCCAGUGAAGAAAUUGAAUCCUUGUGUGGAACCAAUAAAUGUAGGAUCUGUCAUUUUUGGAAAGCUUUGGUGCUGUAAGCAGGCCAUAUUCCCUAAAGGAUUUAGAAGCCAGGUGAAGUUCUUUAGUGUUCGUGAUCCAACAAAAAUUUGUACCUAUAUUUCAGAAGUAGAGGAUGCUGGUCCUCUUGGCCCUCUUUUCAAGGUAUCUUUAGAAGAAUGCCCUGGUGAGAUAUUUGCUGAUGUUUCAAUUGAGAAGUGCUGGGAGAUGGUUCUGCAAAGACUAAACGGAGAAAUUCUAAGACGAAACAACCUAGGAGAAAGAGACCUCCCCCCUUUGGAGCCUUUGCAGAGCAUUAAUGGGCUAGAAAUGUUCGGAUUCCUCUCCCCACCAAUUGUUCAGGCUAUCGAGGCUCUUGACCCCGAUCAUCUGUGUGUGGAAUACUGGAAUCAUAGGCUUGUGAAUUUGAGGAAUGCAAGUGAAGUCAAGCAGCCCUCAUUUGGAUCAAGUUGCUGUCUUGCAGAAACCAAGGAAAAGGCUGACAUUAACCUUUUGACACAGGACCCUGGUAGCUUAUGUGUAGGAGGUCAUUAUUCCGUUGAUGAAGACGUGCAGCAUGUGCUGCGAGGAUUAUUCAAGAAAGCAAGUCCAGAAGAGUUAAAAAUAAUGCACAGAAUACUCUGCAGCGACACGCAAAGUGCUGAACGGAGAGUAGCAUUCACAACACUGAUGGAAGAGAUUCAGAAAACAAGUAGAUAAAUAAAAAGAACAUGUUUAGGUUCCUUCAUUCUUUCUCAAUGAGGGUAGCUUUACCAAAUCUUUCUCAUAAUUUAGGCCCAUUCUUUCAAUAGCUCAUAAAAGGGAAAGAGUUCCCGGGCACGAAUCGCACAGAAAUGUUGUGCAGCGUGCCUGCUCGUAACGUAGAUACAGCAGCAUCUUGAUUUCUGCUGCCUUCUGACCAUAAGGGAGAUUUUGUACUUCAGGAAAUUUUACCAACAUGUUCAACAUGUAACUAGGGCUGACCAGAAGAGGGAACUCAGAGAUUUGUCUACAAUCCAUUUAAGUUUCUUGAAAGUUGAGGUGCCUGAAUGAAUACAUGUUCCUCGUGGUUAUAUUCCAAGCUAUGUUCUUAAGGCAAGUUCUCUUUGACA